AUUUCCUCAUGACUCUAAGGAAGGGAGGCUGCCUUGAACUGCGUGUGCCUUCCUGCCAUUGGGUAUAUUGUCUGUAAACUUUUGCUCAAAACCCAGCUUACGAUUCUAAUUACCGAGCGUCGAGUACAACUAAUUCUUGUUCUACACAGAACACGAAGGCAAGUAAGCCAACGAAAACUGAAAUGCGCGGAAAAGAAAAUUUUCUAGCUUUAAUUCUGCUCCUGGUCCAUUGUGUCUUACUUUCUCAGGCAGUGAUAUCGAUCGACAAUGGUGGUUACAUGGGUAUUGUUGUUGCAAUUCAUAGAAAUGUUCCUGAGGAUGAGCAGCUGAUAUCAAAUAUCAAAGAACUCUUUACUGAAGCUUCAAGCUACCUCAAUACAACAACUAAAGGUCAAGUGUACUUCAAAGACAUUAUCAUAGCUGUUCCAUCAACAUGGUCCAGUAAACCAGACUAUGAGAUUGUCCAAAAAAACUAUUUUCCUACUGCAGAUAUAAGGGUUGAUCAUCCAAAUCCUUACCACGAAAAUAACCCUUAUACUCUACAACCGGGUGGGUGUGGAGAACCAGGACAGUAUAUUCACCUCACUCCGACGUUUGUAAAGGAAUUGCACACAAAAACAUUAGAAAAAUACGGAAAUGCAGAGAGACAUCUUGUACACGAGUGGGCACACUUAAGGUACGGAGUUUUUGACGAAUACGGAUUACCAGGCGACCCUAACUAUCCUGCGUUUUAUCAAGAAAAUGACAAAAUCGUCCCAACAAGUUGUAAGCAGGGAAUCACUGGAUGGAUCGAAUCCAGUGAUGGCGGACCCUGUUCCAUUACAAUAGAUGGUACAGUUAAUGAAGAUUGUCGGUUUAUCCCGGACUUGAGCAAUGAGGAUGCUAAGGCAUCUGUCAUGUAUUUACCUUACAUUCCCUCGAUUACUGGGUUUUGUGACAACACAGAUAACCAGCUACACAAUUCUCUAGCUCCAACAAAGCAUAACAAUUUAUGUCAUAACCAGCCAACUUGGACUGUUAUCAAGAAGCAUCCUGAUUUUUCAAGACGUUUUAAAAGAAGUGUGGGCUUUACCAGCACGACACCCAAUUUUCGUACCGUACAAUCCCAACCUGGAAGUGAGGGUAGAUAUGUCUUGGUGUUGGACGUAUCCAGAAGUAUGAGCUUGUAUAACAGACAACCUAUAAAACUACUUCAUCGAGCAGCCACUAGAUUUGUUGAGGAUGUUAUUUCUGAAGGCUCUCAGUUGGGAAUAGUUUCAUUUAGCACAAACACUACAAUUCUUCAUAACUUGACUCAAGUCAACAGUGCCACUCGCAUGAAGCUGAGAAAUAGCUUACCUGUAAACAAUGAUCUCGGAGAUACAGCAAUUGGGAAAGGACUGGAGGAAGGUUUAAAGGUUUUAAAGUCUCGUGGAGAAACAGCAGAAGGAGGACUGAUUAUCCUUAUUACAGACGGAGAAGAAAAUGUAGAGCCAUAUGUUAGUCAAAUCCUUCCGAAACUACAGCAAGAAAAAAUUACAGUCAACGCCAUUGCUUUUGGCAAUAAGGCAACAAGAAAACUAGAAGACCUUACAAAGUUAACUGGUGGUAAAGGAUUUUUCUUUGCAGAUAUUCAAGGCAAUCAACCCACUAAUGCACUUGAUUCGGCUUUUAUGGACUCUGUCACCUCGCAAGCUGACUUAGAGUUUCGCCCUGUUCAGAUAACCGACACCAUUAUUCGGCUCAUUAGCUCCAAAACUAUAAAGAAAAUUACCUUAGAUAAGGAACUAGGAAGAAGCACAAUUUUUACUUUCACAAGUGAGGACGUCAAGUACAUUAAUAUAAUAUUAGUGAGUCCAAAUGGGAAAAUCUACGACGUUAACAGUCCUGAGUACACCAAAGACGAUCGAAUCAAAAUGAGAGUAGAAAUAAAAAUACCAGAUGCUGAGACUGGACAGUGGAUGGUAACAAUAUUAUGGUCAAAAUCCAUUCCCGGAGCUGUUUCUUUUUCUUUGACUUCUGAACCAAAAGAUCCUCGGAUCCAACCUGUUCGGGUACGAUCUUGGUUGAGUGUCGUCCAAUUGACGUAUCCUUCACAUGCUAAAGUAUACGCUGAAAUUAAGAAAGGGUACAAUGCUGUCGUUGGAGCCACUGUCAAAGCAACGGUAGACCGCCCCAUGGGGUCACCAGUUGAUGUACUUUUGAGAGAUAAUGGAGCAGGUCCCGACGUCACGAAAAAUGACGGAAUAUAUUCUGGAUACUUCACGCAGUUCAAUGGUAAUGGACGAUACGCAGUUGUAGCAAACGUCAUCAAUGAUGGAAAUGCAAAAAUCAGGCGUGGAAGCCAAUCGUCAUCUCUCAUUCCUAUUCCUAAAUUUAAAAACCUUGCAGAUAGAGAAAAGAAAAACGCCUCAGCAUCCUUUACAAGAGAUGAGUUCGUCGUGUCUAAGAAGCCUCCAGGACCUCCCGAAGUGGACGAAGAACCAAUCGAAGUGUUUGAAAGGACUUCAAAUGCUGGCGCUUUACGUCUUGAUAAUCAUUCUUCCAAUGAUGUUGAUAUAAUUCCACCCGGUAGAGUUACGGACCUUGUGAUAAUUUCUUCAGAGCAAAAAGAUGAACAAAAGCUUAUAACUCUGCGAUGGACAUCUCCUGGAGAUGACUUAGAUGUUGGAAAUGCUUCUUUUGUUGACUUGAGGGCCAGUUGUUUCGUAGAAGACAUAAUGAAACGUUUUCAUGAAGUGGAUAGUUUCAACGAAAGCCAUGUAAUAAAAGGCAGCCUGGUUCCUUUGCCACCCGGUGAAGAACAGGAAAUAACUGUGGAAGUGCCUGAUGCUAUUUGGAAUGCAAAACCAAACAGCACUAUCAAUUACACUCGUAUCGAUGUAUACUUCUCUUUGAGGAUAGUCGACGAAAGGAACAACUUGGGUGAUCUUUCUAAUAUUGUUGCUGGACACUUCAGAAAAAUUGCAUUCGUUCUAGUGGAAGAAGAGAAAUCUCCUAAAUGGUGGGUUUAUGCAUUCGGCAUUGGUGCAGCUACUCUUCUUAUUAUUGUUGUUAUUGUAGUUUCAUGUAGAAACAAAGGGAAAAGAAAUGCAUGUACAAAUACUUCGUUGACAAGUUCUGCGUAGGGUUCAUGAAAUCCUGAAAAUGAGGUAAUCUUUUCGCUACAGGCUGGGGCGUUAGUGAAUUUUACUAGCUAAUCACGAGUUUGCUCCAUACCUAACAGGGAAAGGAGUACUGAUCAUUUUCUGAAUGAAACUUUAUUGUUAAAAGUACUGUACAGUUUCACACCUAUAUUAAAUUCUAUACAGAUAUAAAAAGGUUUUUACGGUUGUUAUUUUUACUUUGAAUAAUGGAUUCUUAGAAAAUUUGUCAUGGCAUUUUGGCUUUGUAUUGAAAUAAUUUUGCGCCUCAGAUAUAUCCCCGCACAGUAGUCCAAAAAUAUUCAGCCGUAAAUUCCAGAUUUCCUGGACUUUUCAAAUCUUACCAGGUUAAUGGGCUCGAAUUUAUCUGUAGAAUAAGAAUUUAUAGUUUUAUAAUAUUAUAUUAAGGUAUAUCAUAUAAAAUUCUUAAUCAUUAUUGUAAACAUAAAAUUCAUGUUAUACAUUAUUGUAAACAUAAAAUUCAUGUUAUACAUUAUUAAACGUUUAUGGGCACCUUUCGUUUUUCUGAAUAUUUCAUUCAGGGAAUUUUUUUUGUGCGUGUUUUUUUCAACAGUAACUUUGACCAAGAUCGUUUAAAUCAUAAGUUUAGGCUUUUUCGUUAGUUAUUUUUAAGUUAUUUCAAAGUUUUAAAAAAUGGUUGUCAUAUUGAAUUACAAAGUCGAAACAGUUAUGUAUAUCAAAUAAGCCUAUCGCUUAGUAAAAAUGUCCUAAGGUCUUUACCGGUGUUUAGAGCUAUGCAUGUUUGAUUUAAAGCAAAGUAUUUUUGGUUUAAUAGCCUUAGUUAAGAACGAAGCUAUUUAAAAUAUAUCGUUUAUUAGGAAAAACACGUAUUCAUGUGUUUGGCCACUCUUCUCUUGGAUUAAGCAUAUAAUUUCUUAAUGUAUACAUGGAAACAAAAUAAAAAGGAAAUUACUGUGUG